AUGCACGGCAAAGAACAUGUGCACGGCAAAGUUACAGGGUGGCGCACGGCAAUGAUUUGCUGCACGGCAACCUCACGCGUGCCGCACGGCAACGUCCCCUCGCACGGCAAAGCAACUCCACUUAUCCACUUCGGGCGCGUCCCGACCGCACAACUCGCCCCCAUCCACGCAUCAGCUCGACCCGCGCCCGCGCCUCCCUUCCACGCCGCCGCCGCCGCCGGAGAACCUCCCCUGCUGCUGCCGCUCUCCCCCGCCGUGCGCCCGUGCUGCUGCCGCUCUCCCCCUCCGCCUCCCUCCUCCCUCCUCCCUCCGCCGCCGCUCGUGCUGCCCCGCGCCAUUGCCGCCGCGCGCCCGAGCUGCUCGCUGCUCUCCCCCUCCGCCGCCGCGCCUGUCUGCUUGCUGCUCGCCCCUCCGCCUCGCCGCCCGCCGCCGUCUUUGCCUCCCGCGCCGGCCACCACGCGCCUCCCGCGCCGGCCACCACGCUUGUCCGUGCUGCUUGCUCGCCCCUCCGCCGGCCGCCCGUGCUGCUGCUACUCUUCCCCUCCCCGGCCCCGGUGA